AUGCUUGCUCUCGCCGCCCGUCGUGUCUGCACCGCUCGCGUGCUCGCCACGCAUCCAUCCCGCAGACUUGUUCAUCUCACCGCACCCAGAGCGGCAGACGAGCGUUGGCAGACGCUCACCAACAUUCUCGCCGAUGACAACCCGCCUCCCGUACAAGUCAAAUCCAUCUCACGCGAAGGCAUUCAGCUGGCAGACGGCCUUAUACUACCAGGCGCAGUGAUCUUUCUAGAUGGAAAAGUGCUGCUCUGGAACGUUCCCUCCAAGCUCUGGCAGGGUUGGACCGAAGAGACAUUCGGCGUUUUCGAGGCAAUCGUACCCAAGCCAGAAAUCUUGCUGUUGGGCACGGGCAAGACGGUAGUACCGCCCCCUGCUGCGCUUAGAAACUACCUUCGUGGCCUGGGCAUACAAUUGGACGUUAUGGACUCGUGGAACGCCUGCUCAACGUAUAACUUGCUCGCUGAAGAGGGGCGGCGCGUAGCCGCCGCCCUUCUCCCGCACGAGCCUUUCGAGUGGAGAUAG